AUGCUUUUUGUGCCAAACAUGAUAGUUGUUGUAACAAGUGGGAAGAAUGCAGGAAAGAAGGCUGUUGUGAUAAAGCAGCUUGACGAGAGAUAUGUCUUGACUGCAUGCGUUGUCAGGGUCCCGAAGGAGUCCGAAGACUACCAGCCUAAAUGGAUAAAGCGCAGAAACUCUAAGUUCUAUGUCAUACUCAAGAAGUACAACAUCAGCCACCUUAUCGCUACGAGGUACAAGGCAGACCUGGGGUUAUCAGCAAUCGAUUACAGUGGAAUUGAUCAGAACGCCGAAACCAAGAGGGUGCUCACCGACAAGACAAAAGACUCGAUGAUGAAGGCAUGGAAAGAGAGCAAGGCCAAGUUCCUCUUUUCAUCCCUUAGCUUUUGA